UCCUCUGAGAGAUUCCCCGCGUUCUGCACCGACCUGCGUGUUGAUCCGCUGACUGUCCACCAUGACCGACCAAUCCGAGUGCAGAUUCAGCAACCUGACAGAUGACCAGAUCACCAUCCUGGACCAGGUCCUGUCGCAGAUCACUCCAAUCCACGGCCGGGGCAACUUCCCCACCCUGGAGGUCAAGCCGAAGGACAUCAUCCGCAUGGUGAAGGAGCAGCUGGUCCAGAAGGACAUCACCAUCCGGGACAUCCGGCUGAACGGCUCCACGGCCAGCCACAUCCUCAUGCAGCAGAACGGCACCAGCUGCAAGGACCUGGACAUCAUAUUCGGGGUGGAGCUUCCGGGGGAACCGGCCUUUCAGACGGUGAAAGAGAUCGUCCUGGAUUCCCUCCUCGACUUCCUCCCCAAGUGCGUCAACAAGGAGAAGAUCACGGCGCUGACCAUGAACGAAGCCUACGUCCAGAAGAUGGUGAAGGUCUCCACCGACAACGACCGCUGGAGUUUGAUCUCCUUGUCCAACAACAGCGGGAAGAACGUGGAGCUGAAGUUCGUCCAUUGCUUGCGGAGACAGUUCGAGUUCAGCGUGGACUCCUUUCAGAUCGUGCUGGACGCCAUCUUGGAUGUGUACGCGGAGAAGGACGGCCAGCUGAGCCCAGAGUCCUACCCGACCGUGCUGGCCGAGAGCAUGUACGGGAACUUCGGCGAAGCCAUGGAGCACCUGAAGGGUAGGCUGAUAGCGACCAGGAAUCCGGAGGAGAUCCGCGGGGGAGGGCUCCUGAAGUACUCCAACCUCCUGGUACGGGACUACAAACCGACCUGCGAGAGCGAGCUGAAAUCCUUGGAGCGUUACAUGUGUUCGCGGUUCUUCAUCGACUUCCCCGACGUGGCGGAGCAGCAGAGGAAGAUCGAGUCCUACCUGCGCAACCACUUCGUCGGGGAGGAGAAGAGCAAGUACGACUACUUGAUGACUCUGCGCUCCGUGGUGAAUGAGAGCACCGUGUGCCUCAUGGGACACGAGCGCCGGCAGACGCUGAACAUGAUCACCAUUCUGGCGCUGAAGGUUCUGGGGGAGCAAAACAUCAUCCCCAACGCCGCCAACGUUACUUGUUACUACCAGCCGGCCCCCUACAUGAGCGACAGGAACUUCAGUAACUACUACAUCCCCCAGGGGCAAACCAUCUACUACCAGCACAGGAUUAUUCCGGCACUCGGUGACCUCCCAAUGCUGAUUACUUCCUGUCUGGCCUCAUUACUCUCUGACCGGGAACAAUUGUCCCUGUCCUGGUCUGCAGGUAGGACACGCAUUGUGUCCCUGUCCUGGUCUGCAGGUAGGACACGCAUUGUGUCCCUGUCCUGGUCUGCAGGUGGGGCACGCAUUGUGUCCCUGUCCUGGUCUGCAGGUGGGGCACGCAUUGUGUCCCUGUCCUGGUCUGCAGAUGUUCCGGUCAAUGAGGAUGAUGAUGACAGCCCGGCAAUGCGCCUCCCAGGUCCCUGCUCCCCUGCUCUCCUGGGUGGGAGGACCCGUCUGUUCUGUGUGGAGGGAUCAUCUCAGGAAAAUGCCGACACAGUGCACCUCUGUCUGCUCCUGGAGAAAGAUGAGGAUGUAGGGACUGCAUUCAGUUCCAUAGACUCAGCCCAGGAAGAGGACAUGUCUUCUGAUAUUUCUUCCAAGCUCAUGGACACAAGCAGAUCCAAGUUGUAA